CUUUCGAAGAGGAGGUCCCGGCCGCUGACGUGUCGUCGGAAGGAGUUGACCGUGAGAUCCGUUAAAAUCAGCGAGCGGAUCGAGGCGGUGGAUCUGGAAUCGAGCAAUGGAACCGUUAGCCCUGGGGAACAAAGUGAGUCCUCAAUUCCACACAGGAAAACAAAGAUAGUAUGUACGAUUGGUCCUUCCACUAGCUCUCGUGAAAUGAUAUGGAAGCUAGCAGAAGCAGGCAUGAAUGUUGCCCGGUUGAAUAUGUCUCAUGGUGACCACAAUUCGCACCAGAAAACUAUUGAUUUCGUUAAGGAGUAUAAUUCACAAUCCAAAGACCAUGUAAUCGCUAUUAUGCUAGACACAAAGGGCCCAGAAGUACGAAGUGGAGAUGUUCCCCAACCAAUCUUUCUCAAAGAGGGCCAAGAGUUCAAUUUUACCAUUAAAAGAGGAGUCAGUACUGAAGAUACUGUUAGUGUCAACUAUGACGACUUUGUGAAUGAUGUAGAUGCUGGUGACACUCUACUGGUUGAUGGAGGGAUGAUGUCACUGUCUGUUAAGUCAAAAACAGCUGAUACUGUUAAAUGUGAAGUCAUUGAUGGUGGUGAAUUAAAAUCAAGGCGACACUUAAAUGUUCGUGGAAAAAGUGCUACACUGCCAUCUAUCACAGAAAAGGAUUGGGAAGAUAUCAAAUUUGGCGUAGACAACAAAAUUGAUUUUUAUGCAGUGUCUUUUGUAAAAGAUGCUCAAGUGGUCCAUGAACUGAAGGAUUAUCUCAGAAGUUGCAAUGCGGAUAUUCACGUGAUUGUUAAAAUUGAAAGCGCUGACUCAAUACCAAAUCUUCAUUCCAUCGUAGCUGCUUCUGACGGAGCAAUGGUGGCUCGUGGGGACCUAGGAGCUGAGCUUCCAAUUGAGGAUGUUCCAUUGCUGCAGGAGGAGAUAAUUAGGAAAUGCCAGAGCAUGCAGAAACCAGUCAUUGUAGCAACAAACAUGCUAGAAAGCAUGAUUGACCAUCCAACUCCCACCAGGGCUGAAGUUUCUGACAUAGCAAUUGCAGUGAGAGAAGCCACCGAUGCCAUCAUGCUAUCCGGUGAAACUGCGCAUGGAAAGUAUCCAUUGAAAGCAGUUAAAGUGAUGCAUACUGUGGCAUUGAGAACUGAAUCAACUCUAUCCUCCAGAUUGACCCGUCCAAUUCUUUCUUCUGAUGUCCAGGCCCUCCAAAGCGGAGAGUAUGGUCCAAGUGAUCUGAGUGCGAUGUUUGCAUCCCAUGCUACCAUGAUGGCAGAUACCGUGGGAUUGCCGAUCAUUGUUUUCACAAGAACCGGUUCCAUGGCUAUUCUUCUAAGCCACUAUAGGCCCUCUUCUACAAUUUUUGCAUUUACCAAUAACGAGAGGAUUAGACAAAGACUGGCACUUUAUCAAGGGGUCCAACCUAUAUAUAUGCCAUUUUCUGAUGAUGCAGAAGAGACCUUCUCUAGGGCGAUAAACUGUUUGCUGAAUGGGAAAUUCUUGAGGAACGGAGAAUACGUUACUCUGGUACAGAGUGGAACACAUUCAAUCUGGCGAAAUGAGUCUACUCAUCACAUUCAAGUUCGUAAGGUGGUUCAAGGCUGAUGUUUACAUAUUGAUUUGUCAAUUAUAUUUACCAAGUUUUGUUCAAAUUGAGUUAGUGUUUUAUUUAAUUCUUUAUUCCGGAAUGUACUAUUCCAAAGUUUGUUUAUGAGUUGUCCAUUAUUUGUACUACUAAAUUACUUAUAGAUAAGAUGAAUUUCUAUCUUAGUGACCGAUAAUUUUACGUA